CCAUUUUAGCGCACGCGCAUUGCUCACGGAUUUUUCUGGAAGUCGUGGUGAAUUGGUUCUUGUGCAGUUAUUUGUGAAAAAAAUACCAUUAAAACUUUGAAAAACCAGUGACAAAAGUGUGCGGGAUGAACAAUAGAACUAGUUAAAUAAAGUGACACGGUUUUCUAUACGAAAUAAAGAAAUUUAGUGCGCGAAACACAAAAAAAUCAUCUUCUCCGUCUCAUUCUUUGUGUUGACAAGACCAUAUUAUACACGAUAAGGCGAUGAAGUCCUGUGCCAAAAUAGUCGGUCAAAUCAAAGACAGCAAUAGGCCAUGCAGAAAGCGUAAGAAGGCAACGCCAGCAAUUCCAUUACCAAAGAACACUUCAGCAGUACCUGGGCCAUAUACUCAGCGAGAUUUGAAAUCGUCUGAAUCUACUCAUACAUCUAUCUAUCGUCUAAAUCGUAAGCUGUGUAAGGUGAUCAACGAUUCCUGCUUCUUUUGUAAUUCAUUAUAAUGUAAAUAAUUUUUCAAUCACGUCAAUAUUUUUUAUAUAUGUAUCUGAACAUUAAAUUAAUUUGAAGUUUAAUUAGAUUUUUUUAAAAUUAAAUGUAUUAUUUUUUUUUAAUUUAAUUAAAAAAGUGAAGUUAAUACAUGAAAUAAAAUGUUCUCUGCUAUAUAUGACCAGUGUUAUUACUUUAGUCUCAAGCUUGAACGAUAAUCUGAAGUACAAAAAUUGCCUGAACGCUUACAGAAAAGUAUAUUCUUUAAUAGAAUGGAGAUAUUUCAUUAGGCAUAAAAAAAAAGAAGGUCGCAUAGAAUUGACAUGUCAACUCCAAGAGAUUCUUAGUAUCAUCGAUAUGACAAUACUUUCGCCGCAUUCGAAGAGUAUAGUGCUAAAAGAGGAUCUUCUGUUGCAUCGCCAUCGCUCUCUUCCAGCACCAAGUCAUCAAGAGGAAACAUUUCUUAACAUCCAUGAAUUGCCAACGCAAUGGUCUGCCAGUGGAAUGCCAUGGUACAGCUCUUACCAUGUGGAUUCCAUUGGUAUCCCAUGCGAAAAUACUGGCUGGUUUUCCGAGAUCACCCAUGGAGUGCCAGUGGAGUACCAGUGGAAAUUACCCGGCCCAGGUAUGGCACUUACCACAGGAAUUCCAUUGGUAUCCCACGGGAAAACACCGCUUAGCUUUCCUAGAUCACCCAUGGAGUGCUCAUGGUGUACCAGUGGAAAUUACCCCGCCCAGGUAAAGCAGUUACCACUGGGUUGCCAUUGGUAUCCCAUGGGAAAACACCGGCCGGUUUUCCGAGAUCACCCAUGGAGUGCCAGUGGAGUACCAGUGGAAAUUACCCCUCCCAGGUACGGAACUUACCACAGGAAUUCCCUUGGUGUCCCAUGGGAAAAUACCGGCCAAUUUUCCGAGAGUACUCAUGGAUUUCCCAUAGAGUACCAGUGGAAAUUACCAUGCGGCAGCUUUAGAAUUUCAACGGGAAUGCCCAUGGAUUUCCACUGGAUAACACCACCACCGAGGCUGGUAGAUUCCCAUGGAAAUUGCGUGACGCGCCAAUGCAAAAUUACAAUGUACUUCUACAGGGGAAUCCAGGGGGAUUAAGGGUGGAUUUCACCAAGUGGACGCAUGGAACAUUCCAUUCUGUUACCAAUGGAAUUUCCAUUGGAUCGCGCCGGAUUUUU